AUGAAACAGAUGAAUAAAAUUUAUAUUAUAUUAUUUUGUAUUAUAAAUGUUUAUGGAGAAUGUGUAUUACCAAAAGAAGGACAAUGUAGUUAUAUUCUUCAAAACUGUGAAGAUGUAUCAUUUUUAAUUAAUUAUUUAGAAUUACUAUAUUGUUAUAAUUCAUAUUGGAUAGUACUUGUUUGUAUGGUAAUUGGAAUUAUAAUUAUAUUUUAUUUAUUAUCAGUUUCUUCAUCAGAUCAUUUUGUUCCAAUAUUAACAAUUCUCAGUAAACAUCUUUCUAUGUCUGCUGAUUUAGCUGGAAUUACAAUUUUAGCAAUUGGAAAUGGAGCUCCUGAUGUUUUUAGUACAUUUGUAGCUAUUUAUAAUACAGGAGAUGUUGAAUUAGCAACAGCAGAAGUGAUAGGAUCAGGAUGUUUUGUAAGUAGUAUUAUAGUAGCAAGUAUUGUUUUAUUAGGAAAAGAAGAUAUAAAAAUGCCAGAAACAUUAAUUCAUAAUAUCAGUUGUUAUAUACUUGCAUUAUUAUUUGUAUAUUUUAUUUGUACAACAGGAAGUGUAUCAAUAAUACAUUCUAUUAUAUUUAUUCUUAUUUACAUUUUAUAUGUUUGUUUCAUUGGAUAUAUAACCAAAAACAAACCUUUAAUUAAAAUUUCUGAACAACUAGACUCUGAAAAUAAAACUAAAUUAAUUGAUAAUACAUUAAACAAUAUUGAUGAAGAAUUAAAUUCUUCUAAUGAAUGUACUACUUUAAAUAAUAAUAUUUCUUCAGAUAAAGGAUUUACAAGUCAAUAUAAUAUAUUAGAACAAAUUAAACUUACUAAUUGGUUUAAUAAAAUAUUAUUAAUAUUAUCAAUUCCUUUUAGGUUUAUUAUGGAAUUUACUACUCCUCAUAUUUCUGAUAAUAGAAAAAAUUUACUUAUUUCUUUUGCUUUAUCUCCUUUACCUAUUUGUAUUGUUUCUCAAUUACCUUUAAAAUAUUUCAUUAUUCCUUUUAUUUUAUCAAUUGGAAUUAUUUUAAUUAUUCAUUUCACUGAAACACAAAUCCCUUCUAUUAUUAUCAAUUUAUAUGGAUUUGUUAUUAGUGUUUUAUACAUUUAUAUAUUCGCAAGUGAAUUAGUUGCACUUCUUCAAUCAAUUGGAGUUGCUAUGAAAAUUGAUUCUUCAAUUCUUGGUUUAACUGUAUUAUGUUGGGGAAAUUCAGUUGGUGAUUUUGUUUCAAAUGUAAUUGUUAGUUCUCAAGGUUAUUCAGAAAUGGGAAUUAUUGCUUCGUAUGGAGGACCUUGUUUUAAUUUAUUAAUAGGACUUGGAGGUGGUGUUUUAGCUCGUUCAAUUCUUCAUUUUCCUAAGUCUCAACAAAUAGUAAUGACUGAUUCAUUAUUCUUUUCAACAACAUAUUUGAUUGUACAGUUAUUAAUUACUUUAAUAUUCAUUUCUAUUAACGGUAAAUUAAACAAGAAGUAUGCAAUAGUUCUUAUAUGUUCUUAUCUUCUUGUUCUUUCCUUCUCAACUCUUUCUGCAUUUAACGUUUUUAAACUGUUUGGUUAA